UUUGCACACGUUUCAUAAACAAAAGCAGGAAAUUCUUGAAUUCAAACAAACAGAAACUAAACUUUCAGACUGUUGUAUGUCUACGUGUAGUGAAAUGGCAGAAGCUAAUGUUCAUUUGUCUCAGGAUCAGUUCAUCUGUUCAAUCUGUCUGGAUCUACUGAAGGAUCCAGUGACCAUUCCCUGUGGACACAGUUACUGUAUGAGCUGUAUUACAGACUGCUGGGAUCAGAAGAGAGACUACAGCUGCCCUCAGUGCAGACAGACCUUCACUCCAAGACCUGUUUUAAAUAAGAAUGUGGUGUUUGCUCAGAUGGUGGAGAGGCUGAAGAAUACAAGACUCCAGAUUGAUCAACCUUCUCCCAGUUAUGCUGGACCUGGAGAUGUGGAGUGUGACGUCUGUACUAAGAGAAAACACAAAGCUGUCAAGUCCUGUCUGGUGUGUCUGAACUCUUACUGUCAAAAUCAUUUUAAACUUCAUGAAGAACUUCAGUCAGGAAAGAGACACAAAGUGACAGACGCCACUGGACGACUUCAGCAGAUGAUCUGCCCUCAACAUGAGAAACUUUUAGAGAUUUACUGUAAAACUGAUCAGCUCUGUAUAUGUCUUCUGUGUAUGGUGGGGAAGCACAAAAAUCACAACACUAUACCAGCUAAAGAAGAGAGGACUGAGAAACAGAAAGAAUUGAAGGAGACGCAGAGAAAAUACCAGCAGAGAAUCCAGGAGAGUCAGAAGAAGCUUCAGGAGCUGAGAGAUGCUGUGGAGACUCAUAAGCGCUCUGCACAGACAGCAGUGGACGACACUGAGAGGAUCUUUACUCAACUGAUCCAAACCAUUGAGAGAAGACGAUCUGAGGUGACACAGCUGAUCAGAGAUCAGGAAAAGACUGCAGUGAGUGAAGCUGAAGGACUCUUAAAGCGACUGGAGCAGGAGAUUGAUGAUCUGAGGAGGAGAGACGCUGAGCUGGAGCAGCUUUCACACACAGAUGAUCACAUCCAUUUCCUCCAGAGUUUCCAGUCUCUCUCUGUUCCUCCUGGAUCUACAGACUCACCCAGCAUCACUGUCAGUUCUUUUAUCUCUUUUGAUGAUGUACAAAACAUUAACGAGAAACUUGAGCAUUUGUGCAGCGAACACAUAGAAAAGAUAUUUGAUAGAGUUACUUCUGAGCCCAAGACCAGAAAGCAGUUCCUAAAAUAUUUUAAAAAUUGUCACAACCCCAUGAUCCCUUACUCUACCUCACCUGAUCUUCAUUUAUCAUCAGCACACCUGCCAGCAAUGGACUCUAUGCACGCUUAACUUCCGCGUUUGACUCAAGGCUGCUCUUCAGUUUCCGGUACGGGAGAUUUAAAGCGGAGUGACGGCAGUAUCGCUAAAUUUACUCGUUGUUUGCUGGAUUUACCCAAAUUUACAACCUGUGAUGUGUGAAGAAUUAUCCAGAUGUGCAAACUCGAGAAAGGUUGCAAGUCGUCUUAUCUCUGUAAUCAUUAUAUGUUCAUCAUACUAGCAGAGCUUACAUUGUGCUGUUUUUAUGAUUCAGGAUUAAUGUCUUUGUAAUGUUAUCUUAAAGUGUCAGGUAAAUUAAAAGACGUAAAUGAAAUCUCACUGCUAUAUGAGGAAAAAGCAACACGAACUGCAGCAGGACUUAUAUUAAAUGUGACGUUUAAUACCUUUUUUUUGUAUAUUCACGUCGAUUGUCAAAACAUUUUUACUUGGAUAUUUUUGAGUCAUAUCUUGGAACUUUAUAGGAUAUAAAUAACAACGCAAAAAGAACUAUUGACUAUGGUAAAGUCCAUUUAAGAAAUCUAUUCCAUUAUUUGUUUAUUUCUUGUGCUGUUUAUUUUAAUACCCCGUGUAUUUAGUUUGUUGUGUGUGUGUUUUAUUUUUCUCUGAAGUUAUUCUUGUUGUCAUUGAUAUGAAUUUUCUAUUUGUCUUUUGCAUUUGUUAUUAAUAAAGCAUAAAUGCGCAAAAUACACGUUUUUUACUGUUCUAACAUUUUGCUUGUAUAACCACAGAUGUUAUCUUCGCUAGUACUGAUGAUAACAAUUAUACAAAAUUCAUAAGUAUAUCAACAACAGAUGAAUAGCACUGUUAUCAGUGCAAUUUCUUUCUAAAACUAGUGUUAAUGCAGAUACAGGGUAGCAGUGUAGAAGUUGUCAUGCUUGAGUCUAAUGCUGUAAACACUAUGACACACACCAGUGGUGGCUAGAAGUUCGGUUCUCCCGUCUAUAAAAAUAUACUUUCAUACGUUUAAAUGUCAUUAUGGUAUUAAAUGUGAAGUAUAAGUUAUUUCUAUGUAAAUUAAACAACCAUCAACAAAAUUUGCAGUGUUAUUUUGGCUAUUUUGGCAACCAACGUUCCUGAAUAUCAUUGAGCUCUAUGACUGGCGGAAAUAGUCCAGCAUCCUGAGAUUUCACCGGAAAUACGUCAAGCACCGCCGUGCAUAGAGUCCAUUGUCAUUUGUCACCUUAUAUAUAUACUCUCUUUGUCUUCCUCAUAUUGUAGACUGAUUCAUGAUGUCAGAGAUUAAUUCAAUAGUUUAACCUUCUAAGUAUGUUUCUAUAAUUCUGAAAAUAACAGACCUGACACUGCUUUCAAUAUCACCCAUUUUUUACACAUCAUUAGCACUGCACGCACGCACAAGAAAUAUUAUUUAGGAAAAUCUACUAUUAAAUUACUUGAUCACAUUAGAUCUAAGUUUUCUGUCUUAAAACAUGCUUCAACAGCCAAAGAAAACUUAACAUUAAAUAGAAGAGUCAGGGGCACAACUAAAACAAACACUGAUCACCAUAUUUUUUAAAAGUUUCAAUGGUUGUUAGCUAUCUGGGACAUGAUUAUGACGAAUAUAUCAGGAAGACAAAUGGAUUUGAUUAUUUCUCUAAAUUAUAUACAUUCUGUUACCUGUUAAUAAGUUUGAUUUUAAUGAUUGAAAUUAAAAUUUU